AUGGCUCUUUGGGCGAACUCUAUCGGUUGCUGGCGCAAGGGUCGAAAUGCAAAGGGUCUGGGCGUCACGAACAUAUGUUUGAUGGAGGGGUGGGAGCAGAGAGAUCGUGUCGUCGUUGCCUGCUUGUCCCAUUUAACACCUUUUGAUAUCCCUGUUGACCGCCCUAUGCGGUGGAGCGACGGCGGUGCUCUCGGAGGGUUCGGUGCUGGCCGGAAAGCGAUCGCGAGACCUCCUACCAGCAUCGUUUUGACUUUGUACGGCUACGCUGCCGAGUAUGUUGACUCGAGAAGGAUAUACGGAUCUACAAGCCAAGCGACUAUUACAUGCCGUAACAUACAUACAUGGAAUGCCGGUGACGACGUUCUCGGAGGAACAAUUAUAUGA